AGUGGCUCUGCUCCAACAGCACAGGCGUAUCCUGUACGUACGAACAGGCCUGGGAGAAGGCACUCCAGCCCAUCCUGUCAUACAUCAACGGCAAGAACGAGGGCAACGUUAUGAUGGACCUGACGAGACCUCUGUAUGGACAGGGAUACACAGGGGAGAAAGGAAACGAGUGCGUGAAGACGUUCACGUUGUGCAUGUUCAUGCCAGAGGAACAUACAGAGAACCCACCAAAGCCCGUCGAUGACCGUAUCGGCAUCCGGUCAGGAGACAAAGAAAGUUACUGGUUCCAGUCCGUGUUCGUAGGACGGCCGACCCCGGACAGGCUGUACAAGUCCCUAACAGACAUGAUUGAGCAACUGGACGCUCUCAAGCCGUUCGGAGUCGAUUAUUCCAUAGAUGGAACGGAACUUUGGUUCGGAGGGUACGACCACCCUGGCGAUGAGCAAGGUCUGAAUGAAAUCAUCGUUGUACACCAGCAGCACAUUUACUGGAAGGUAAGAACAUUCUUUAUGUUUUGUCAUUAAAUCUGUGAGCACGGCUUGUCCUUUUGCAAAUUUAAUGUCCUAAACAUAUAAAAUCCUUUAUUGACUCCAGACUUUAAUUCACAGAGCAUACUUUUGAACGUUUUGGCAGCUCCAUAGCUACUUUUCUUGUGGCCAAAAUGGCCAACAUGUUUCCUUCAAAUAUUCCUAAAUAAAUCCUUAUACAUUCCGAGCAAAAGGAGGGAGAGGAGGAGGAAGAGAAGGAGGAGACGGACGCCCAUGAUCACGACUGGGUGGACCUUCCCAAGCCGGAAGGCUGCAAUGACGAAACUUGUCUAGACAUCCACGUCAUUAAAGAGUACGGCGAGGUCAUGGAGAUACGCUUCCCAAAGACCAAGAGCGUGUGUCAUUGGGUGAAGGGCUGCAUGCAGGGGUCGUCCGGGCGGGCUCCUUUCCUGGCUGUCUUUAAGUACUUCAACGGAGACAACGCGGAGAAGGCGGUGAUUGGAGAGAUGAAGUCACCAAUUGUUGUACAGGUGAAAACACCAAGUGAGGAAGAGGAGAGGAAGGACAUCAGUGCGUGUGAUCUUGAGUAUCAGAUAUGUGUCAUUCUGCCCGAUGCCUGGAUCGACCAGGGCAAGGACAUUCCAAAACCGAAGAGAGAGGGGAUGUCAACGUUUGACAACGAAUUUGCGGACGCCUACGUCAUUUCUCUGAAGGGAGUGACUGACGCCGUGCUGGAAAGCACCUUGACAGAACGUAUCGCAGGACUUAGACAAAAGCUGGAGGAGAAGGAACUCGAGUUCAACAAGGACUGGGUGUUGAUCUUUAAGUACGACGCCCCUUUCACUCCCCCUGAGGAGACGGUUACCUAUAUGGCUUUUCUCAAGCCUUCUGCAACAACAGAUGAAGAGAUGUCAAGCUACGAGGCCAGUGUGGCAAGACCGGCUAGCGACGAGGAGAAACCAGCCAAGGAGAAGAGAGAGGGAGGUGAUGAGAGCAAGAAAGAAGCGGAACAUAUGGAGGGGGAAGAGGAAGUUGAGGACGGUGAAGAAGAGAAAAAGACACCAGAAGCAGGAGGCGAUGGAGAAAAUGGGGAAUAGAAUAUCGUACAACGUGUAGUAAACGGAGUUGUAGUUGCAUUAGGAUGAAGGUGCCACUGUUUGAAUGAAGGUGCCAUUUAAGUUUUUUAUCAUAUAAUAAAGAAUUAAUACGUAAUGAUAUAGGUAACUUUGUUAAUUGAAAUCAAGACGUGCCAAGACUGUAGUUGACUCCUGCACUG